AUGGAGGGGAGCAAUCACACAGUCACAGAGUUCAUCCUGCUGGGCUUCUCAACAGACCCCGUGAUGCAGUUGGUCCUGUUCGUGCUCUUCCUGGGCGUGUACUCUAUGACCCUCCUAGGAAAUACCACCCUCAUCGUGUUGAUCUGCAAUGACUCCCGGCUGCACACACCCAUGUAUUUUUUCAUUGGCAACCUGUCCUUCCUGGACCUCUGGUAUUCCUCUGUCUACACCCCAAAGAUCCUAGUGACCUGCAUCUCUGAGGACAAAAGCAUCUCUUUUGCUGGUUGUUUGUGUCAGUUCUUCUUCUCUGCUGGGCUGGCCUACAGCGAGUGUUACCUGUUGGCUGCCAUGGCUUAUGACCGCUACAUGGCCAUCUCAAAGCCCCUGAUGUAUGCUCAGGCCAUGCCCAUCAAGUUAUGUGCAUUUUGGGUAGCUGCUUCUUACAUUGGGGGAUUUACCAACUCUUCUAUCCUUACCAAAAGAAUCUUUUCCUUGAACUACUGCAGUGGCAAUGUUAUUGAAGACUUUUUCUGUGAUUUGCUUCCCCUGGUGAAGUUGGUUUGUGGCAAACUAGAUGACUACCAGGGCUUAAUGUACUUUAUCCUGGUCUCCAAUGUCAUGACCCCCACUGCACUCAUCCUGGCCUCCUAUGUCUUCAUCAUCGCCACCAUCCUGAGGAUUCGCUCCACAAAGAGUCGCCUCAAAGCCUUCUCCACCUGCUCCUCCCACCUGAUCUCUGUCACCUUGUACUAUGGCUCCAUUCUCUACAUCUACGCUCGUCCUCGAUCGAACUAUUCUGUGGAUUCAGACAAAUUUGUUUCUACCUUUUACACGGUGGUGUUCCCCAUGUUGAACCCCAUGAUUUACAGUCUGAGGAACAAGGAUGUGAAAGAGGCUCUCAAAAAACUAAUCAAGUAA